AUGAACCAUGCUAAUAUAGGAAUGAAAGUAUACGGAAAUAAUUUAUUAAAUAUAAGGCACAGAAAAUCAGAAAAGAAAUUUCACAUGAACGAAAUGGUGGGUUUGGAUAGUGAUGAAUCGCUUCGAUCGAAUGUAUCCGAUAUUAUUAUGGAAGUGGAAAUAAAAACUGACGGAGAAACGGAAAGCGAAGAAGAACAUAAACAACGACUUAUACCAUCUUCGAUUGAUCGUCGAUGUAUAAACGAUAAUGCUAAAAAAUCGGUUACCCGAGACAAUCAAUUUAGACAAUUUGAAGAUGAAAAUGUUUGGUUUAUGUCUAUACAAAUGUUCGUGCCUUUUUUGUUAGCUGGUUUCGGCAUGGUAGCUGCCAGUAUGUUGCUGGAUGUUGUACAACAUUGGCCCGUAUAUCAAACGGUAUCUGAAGUUUACAUAUUAGUACCAGCAUUGCUCGGCUUAAAAGGAAACUUAGAAAUGACAUUAGCUUCUCGAUUUUCCACCCAUGUAAAUCUUGGACACAUGGAUACAAAGAAACAACAAUGGGCUUUGAUCAUUGGAAAUCUUGCUUUGAUACAAUGUCAAGCAACUGUAGUAGGCUUACUGGCUUCUUUGGCUGCUAUAGUACUCGGUUGGAUUCCAGAAGCGCAAUUCGAUAUUUAUCAUGCAUUUCUAUUAUGUGCCAGUGCCUUAGUUACUGCAUCUAUAGCAAGUUUUUUAUUAAGUUUGGUGAUGGUCGCAGUUAUAUUAUUGUCCAAACAGAUAAACAUCGAUCCAGAUAAUAUAGCCACGCCAAUUGCAGCUUCUCUCGGUGAUUUAACCACUUUAAUGCUUCUUUCAGGAAUAGCAUCUCUUCUUUAUAGAGCAUCAGAAUAUGCACCAUGGAUAGCACCUGUGUUGAUAAUAUUUCACAUUAUCGUCACACCAAUUUGGUACUAUAUCGCAGCUAGAAAUCCAUUUACCAGAGAAAUAUUAGAUUAUGGCUGGGCGCCUGUAAUAUGUGCAAUGUUAAUUAGUAGCGUGGGUGGUUUAAUAUUAGAUUACACCGUAUCCAAUUACAAAGGUGUAGCUGUAUUUCAACUAGUAAUAAACGGUGUUGGCGGUAACUUGGCCGCCGUUCAAGCUAGUAGAAUAUCAACGUCUUUACAUAAAGAUGGACGACGAUCCAAUAAUCAAGAAAUACUUGUUGUCCGUUUCAAUCCAUUCCAUAUUUUUUGUGCAAAAGGCGGGCAUGCAAGGACUGCUAGAGUUUUAUUAACAAUGGUGAUACCAGGCCAUUUAAUAUUUGGCUACACCAUCAGUUAUCUUCAAGCUGGUCAUACUUCUUUUACACUUAUAUUUCUUAUUGUUUAUUUAAGCGCCGCUUUAGUACAGGUAAUAUUAUUAUUAUAUAUUACACAAUUAAUGGUCGUAUGGAUGUGGAGACGAGGAAUGGAUCCAGAUAGUUCUGCCAUACCAUAUCUAACUGCAGCGGGUGAUUUGAUAGGAACAGCUCUAUUAGGAAUUGCGUUUCACUUGCUUUACGCAAUUGGAGAUGGAGAUUCUGAUGUUGGAGACUGAUGGGACUUUAAAUCUAAACUUAGAACGAAUAUGUAUAGAAAAAAAAGAACAACGAGCAUAACGUUAUUCAUUGAUACUAUAUUGCGCAAUAUUUGAUUAAAAAAAAUAUCGAGAUGUUUCGUGCUAUUUCUAUUUCUUUGUAAAUUAUAUUUUUGAAACGAAUAGAUAUUAUUCACUUUUCUUUUCCUUUUUCUUUUUCUUUUUUUCUUUUCUUUUUUUUUCUUUCUGUUUUCUUCAACAUUAUAUCCUUACAAUGUUUUUCUCGUUUUUCUUCGAUAUUUUCCAUUGUACAGUCUUGCGUGCAUGCGUGCGUGCGUGCGUGCGCGCGCGCGCGCGUAUAUGUGUGUACAUAUCGGUUUGAAAAAUGCGAAUCUAAAAAAAAAUAGAUGACGAUGACGAGUAAAGUAAUUAUAAGAUUUUGAAACAAAUUUCAAAAUUGUUUCAAUAUCGUUCAAGUUAAGUUAUAAUUUGCAAUAUAUCGAUAAAAUUUACAUAUAUAAUUUUUAAAUGUCCAUGCAUGUACAAAAAAAUAUAUAAUAACGAAUAUAAUAUUCGUUUCAAUUGUUAAAUUUGAAACGAAUACAUGUCCUGCAUAUCGUAUAUAACGAAACAUGCUCAAAUAUUUUGUACCAAAUAAUGUACUUAUGCGAAUUAAAAUAAAUUCGACUUAUAGAUA